CCAGAAACAGGAUCAGACCCUUGGAGACCUCAGCCCUUGGAGAACUCAGCCUGCAUGCCUUGUUCCAAUGGGCAGGUAGGACAGGCUGAAAAAUAGAAAACACUCCUAAAGAUAAAGGGGAUGACUCCAGCAGAUCACCCCACUUCUUUGAAGAGCCCAGAGAAAGAUGUCGGCCCAGUCCCUUCCUGCAGCAACACCCCCUACUCAGAAGCCCCCAAGGAUCAUCCGCCCUCGGCCCCCUUCUCGUCCCCGGGCUCCCCACUCCCCGGGGCCUCCCCUCAAUGGCUCCUCUCCACAAGCACUUCCCCGAGCCUCCAGUGAGGCACCAACCCCAAUGUGCUCCCCUAUUUUCUGGGAGCCCCCAGCUGCAUCCCUCAAGCCCCCUGCCCUUCUGCCUCCCUCAGCUUCUAGAGUCAGUCUUGACUCCCAGACUCCCCCAGAUUCAUCUUCCAGGUCCCCCAGUCCUGCGUCCCGGCGAUCCAUCUCUCCCGAACCCACUCCCUGGUCCCCGGUUCCCCCACCUAAGCCCUCUGGGUCACCCCGCCCAGCUCUGCCCCUGCUCCCAGGGACUGAGGCCCCCAACCAGGAUGGCUCUGCCUCUGCCCCUGGCACUGUGCGGAGACUGGCAGGCAGGUUUGAAUGGGGAGCUGAAAGCAAGAAACACACUUCGGGCUCCCUCGAGCGGGGUUCUCAAGGGGGAACAGAUGUGAAUGGGGAGAGAGAGGCUCCUCACGUCAUGCUGACCGGGAAUGGGUCCCAGGAGAAUGGCGCUCUGGAUGCUGCUCUUGCCUGCCCUCCAUGCUGCCCCUGUGUCUGCCACGUAGCCCGGCCUGGCCUGGAGCUCCGAUGGGUGCCAGUGGGGAGCCCUGAAGAUGGCCCCAGGGCUCUCUGUCGUGCCUCCCCGCUAAGGACCUCCCGCUCCUGCCCUAACCCUCCAAGCAUCAGUCACCCCGCAGUGGUCCUCACUUCUUAUCGGUCCACUGCUGAACGCAAGCUCCUGCCACCUCUCAAACCCCCUAAACCAACUCGGGUCAGACUGGAUACCACCAUCUCUGGGGAAGCUCCACAGCCAGAUCUUGAUCUACCUUCUGAAGAUGGAAUCCAAACAGCAGAGAGUCCUGAUGAAGCUCCUGGGAAUGCUCAUCCUACAGCCAUGGAGGGAAGGGAUGAAGAGGGGCUGGAGGGACUAAAGGAACAGAACUGGGAGCUGCCCCUGCAGGAUGAACCUCUGUACCAGACCUACCGAGCAGCCGUGCUAUCAGAGGAGCUGUGGGGGGUUGGUGAGGAUGGGGGUCCCUCUCCAGCAAAUCCUGGGGAACCUUCCACUUUCACACGGCCCCCUGGACCUCGAAACACCCUGUGGCAGGAGCUUCCAGCUGUGCGAGCCAGUGGCCUCCUGGAGACCCUCAGUCCCCAAGAGAGGCGCAUGCAGGAGAGCCUAUUCGAGGUGGUGACAUCUGAGGCCUCCUACCUGCGCUCCCUGCAGCUGCUGACUGACACCUUUGUGCUGAGCCAGGCACUUCGGGACACACUCACCCCUCGGGAUCACCACACACUCUUCUCCAAUGUGCAGCGAGUCCAGAGCGUCAGUGAGCGGUUUCUAGGAACAUUACUGUCCCGUGUGCGUUCUUCGCCACACAUCAGUGACCUGUGUGAUGUGGUGCACGCUCAUGCAGUGGGUCCCUUCUCGGUGUAUGUGGAUUAUGUGCGGAAUCAACAGUAUCAGGAGGAGACCUACAGUCGCCUAAUGGACACAAACAUGCGCUUCUCUUCGGAGUUGCGUAGGCUGCAGAGCCUCCCUAAGUGUGAGCGGCUUCCGCUACCAUCCUUCUUGUUGCUGCCUUUCCAGCGCAUCACCCGGCUCCGCAUGUUGCUACAGAAUAUCCUGCGCCAGACAGAGGAGGGAUCCAGUCGCCAGGAGAAUGCUCAGAAGGCCUUGGGUGCUGUCAGCAAGAUUAUCGAGCGUUGCAGCGCUGAGGUGGGGCGCAUGAAGCAGACUGAAGAGCUGAUCCGACUCACCCAAAGGCUGCGCUUCCACAAAGUCAAGGCUCUGCCCCUGGUCUCCUGGUCACGGCGCCUGGAGUUGCAGGGGGAGCUGACGGAGUUAGGGUGCAGGAGAGGGGGUGUGCUCUUCACCUCCAGGCCUCGCUUCACCCCCCUCUGCCUGCUGCUCUUCAGUGACCUGCUGCUCAUCACUCAGCCCAAGAGUGGGCAGCGGCUACAGGUUCUGGACUAUGCCCAUCGCUCCCUGGUGCAGGCCCAGCAGGUUCCAGACCCAUCUGGACCCCCUACCUUCCGCCUCUCCCUUCUCAGCAACCACCAGGGACGCCCCACCCAUCGGCUACUCCAAGCUUCCUCCCUAUCAGACAUGCAGCGCUGGCUGGGAGCCUUCCCUACCCCAGGUCCUCUUCCCUGCUCCCCAGACACCAUCUAUGAGGACUGUGAGUGUUCCCAGGAACUGUGUUCAGAGCCAUCUAUACCUGUCAAGACUGAGGCACGGAUUCUGGAAUCCAGAGCUCCAUCCAAACAACUGCACAAGAGUCCUGAAGGCUGGCUGAAGGGGCUUCCUGGGGCCUUCCCUGCCCAGUUGGUGUGUGAAGUCACAGGAGAACACGAAAGAAGGAAGCAUCUUCGUCAGCACCAGAGGCUUCUUGAGGCUGUCGGACCCUCUUCAGGCACCCCUAGCACCUCUGCACCCUGAUGCAAACUGGGGAUGGGGCACAAGCUGGGGCUCUGGCAGCGUACAUGGAGAGGACAAAGCUAGUCCAACCAUCCAUUGGACUCACAGUCAGUGGAAACACUACCUCUAGUGGCAACCAAUGGGAACUGAGCAUCAGGACUGGGCAGCCAAUGAAACAAGGCUGUCUGAGCCCAGAGCAAUAAGAAAGAAUAAGGAUGGCUUGAAUGUGUUGCCAAUGGAGACACAAGCUUAGUACAGAGUGGUCAAUGGGUACUGAGCUGGCUGAGCCCUUUGCCAACAAGUAUCUUUGCUAUGCUCACAGCCAAGGAAGACCAUGCCGGUCAAUGCAGUUAAAAAAGGACUGCAUUGGACAUCAAAUGCCAUAGCCAACGGGGAUAAGCAGGGACCCUUCCAGCCAAAGAAGACAGGGAUCUGAGCUGAAGCACCCAGUAGUCACCCUGCUUGGUUGUACAGCAACCACUGGUGCUGCCCUCUGAGUCUGUGAAAUACUAGAUUCUAUUCCUGGGGUACCUCCUGUGCCCUCUCAAGCCAGUUCCUCUCUUCUAAAAGAAUCCAGAAUAUGCAUUUCAGAGAAUGUGUGUGUGUAUGUGCAUGUGUGCAUCUGUGUGUUUAUGUACAGGAAAGGCGAUUCUGCUGAACAUGGUAUGUGUGUAUGGUAGCCACUAAAUGACUAAAUGCUCCAUUUCUUUCCUUACCUUGCAUUUUCCCUUUUAUUCUCUCCAAGAAAGACAUUAGGUCUGAGCUCCAGAGGAGCUGGGUGUAGCUUGGCAAUCAGAGGCCAGAGCUAGGGAGCCCAAGGGACAGAAGAUGGUCAGUAGCUUGGACUCAAGGUCUCUUGAAGUCCUUCUCCUUGCCCCAAAUACUGGCUUCCAUAUUUCCUGCCUGCAUUUUCCCUCAACUUGAACUAUCAUGUCAGCCAUCCUCAGCCUCAGACUGAAUGUGCUCUGGGUCCCUAGUUUGGGUGAAGAAAUGGGAGUUGAGGCUCAUAGGCCUGCUGCAAGUCUGGUCUUCUCACUUAGAUCCUGAUCCUCUCACGGAAACAGGAAUGAACAGUGCAGAGAGCCUGGAGAUCUAGUGGUGCUGCCUAACCUCAAGCAGAGUGCCUGCUUCCAGCUAAGAAAUUGCCUCCAUGAUGCCAAAGGAGAUGAAGGCUGGAGACAGCAAAACAGGCAGUGACUGGUUAGUGGAGGCCCAGGCCCGGGACACAGCCUUCUCUGCACUAGACUAUUACACGGUCCCUUCAGCUCAAGCACGGCAACUUGCCCGGGACAGAAAAUGCCGUGUCAAAAGCAAGAGGUACAGGGACACUCGAAACUUGGAGGGAGAAGAUCCCUGGCAUUUAGCUUGUCCAUGACUUUGGAGAUUCACCUAGCAUGGUGCCUGUUGUAUGGGAAACCCAUAAUAAAUGUUGGUGGAGUUGCAUGGAGGCUCCACCAGGGCAGUGUAUGCUCAAAGGA